AUGAAGGGCCUGGACUCUACUCGGAGCGAGCACAGGCCGCUAGCGGCCCUCAUCUCCGAUAUUUCGGAGCAAAAGGAGCGGGAGCAGGGGGGGCAGCCCAGCCCCACCAACAAGAGAUCUCCGCGGUUGGGCGAGCAAGCGAUGGUGUCCGGCGACAGCGUCUCGGACGGAUGGACCCCGCUUCUCAAGCAAGUGAGCAGCAGUAAGCCAUCUUUUCAUUUCGAUCGUACAGAGUCACCAGAGCGGACGUGA